AUGGCAAGAUCAGGAAUCAACUUAAGCCAUCGAUCUGCUGCUUAUAGAGCAGUCUUAGAGGGGAAAAGACAGUCAGUAGAAAACUUUCGCAGUUUCUGGAGGGAAGAGGGUGUGAAACCACUUGAUAAAUGUGGUGAUACUGUUCUCCAUUUUCUGGCCAUUCACGGAAAUGUGGCUGCCUUCAGAUUACUUCUCCAAGAUGGUCUUGUGACCAGUGAAAAUCUGAAGGCAAAGAAUGUCAACGGCGACACUGCAUUGCAUGAGGCUGCAAGAUUUGGUCACAAGGAUGUUGCAGAGAUCAUGUUAAGGACAGAAAAGGAUUUAGUGUCUGACAGCAACAAACUAGGUGAAACCCCUCUUUUUGUGGCUGCGGCAUGUGGGAAAAAGGAAGUUUUCUCACUUCUGGAAAAGUAUAUUGGUGAUUGCAUGAUGAGGAGGAAUGAUGGAUGCACAAUCCUUCAUGCUGCUGUAAUUGGAGAAUGUUACAGUAAGCUUAUCUAUCAAGUCUAUGCUGGUGCAAUAUGA